AUGAUGGUUGAAGUAGGUCCCUUGCUCGUCUCACCGCUCAUCGAGCUGGGAGUGCUCGCACUCCACCUCAUUCUGCCCGCGCACGAGAUCGACGGAUAUGUGCGCGACUCCAAGGGGAAGCCUCUCCGGUACCGACUGAAUGGUAUACCGGUCAUCAUGACGUCCGUCCUGGCCUGGUCUGCCCUCUGCUGGGCCGGGGUGCUUCAAUGGGACUACUUGUAUGAGCACAGCGUCACCACUUGCCUGUGUUCCCUCGUCAUCGGCCUAGCAUUCAGCGCCUGGAUCGUUGCCAAGGGCCCCAGACGGUCCCCCAGCAUCCUCGCCGACUUCUUCCUCGGCAGGAUUGACAACCCGCGUACAGUCGCCGCGGGGCGCGUCCUCGACGCCAAGAUGUACCUUUACCUCGUCGGCGCCGUGCACCUGGAGCUGAACCUUCUCAGCUACGCUGCCGCGCACUACGCGUCGUCAUCUCGCGACCCGAACCCGGGCGUCGCCCUGUCGGCGGCAUUGCUCACCUGGUUCGUCGCCGAGUACCUGUGGUGGGAGAACGUGCACCUCUACACCUACGACUUCUUCGCCGAGCGCGUGGGCGUCAAGCUCGGCUUCGGCUGCCUCUGCUUCUACCCCUUCUUCUACCCCAUUGCGCUCCUGGUCGCCGCCCGCCUACCGAACCCGCACCGCGGCCCCGCCUACCACUUCCUCGCCGCCGCCGUCUACUUCGGCGGCUGGGCCCUAAGCCGCGGGCCAAACCUCCAAAAGUACUGGUUCAAGCGCCGCGCCGCGCCCCCAGCCGCCCUGGCCCCGCUGGGCUUGUCGCCGGUGAAGACUGUCCGGUCUGCUGACGGGAAGCACGAGCUGCUCUGCGGGGGCUUCUGGGGCGUGUCUCGCCAUAUCAACUACCUGGGCGAGACGCUCGAGGCGGUCGGCAUCGUGCUCGCUCUCGGCCACCCGGGGGAUGCUAUGCUGCCGUGGCUCUACCCGCUGUACUAUGUGCUCUUGUUCAUCACCCGCGAGAGGGAUGACGACAAAAGGUGUCGCGAGAAGUAUGGAGCCUUGUGGGACGAAUACUGCCGACAGGUGCCCUACAGAAUCAUUCCAUACAUCUACUGA